UGGGAGGUUGCAGCUUAGAGCAUGGCGAGACAGGGUGGCUGACAGAUCUCUGCUCUGCUGUUGCCACACUUAAGAUCAGCCUGCCAGGAUCGGAUACAUUCAGCAUAUUUUGAGUUUCCUGGCAGUGGCCUGUGUGACUGAGACAUCAUCUGAGGAUGGUACCGACGGAAGCUGUGAAUCAUGUUGGGCCUUAAUAACUUGUGAUAAGCAGGCCUCCAGAGGGCGGAGUCUCCUUAGGCUCUCGAUGAUGGAAGUGAAGUGGAUCCACGUGGCACUAAUCUUCUUUUUCCUGCUCUCUGUGGCCAUGAUGGGCUGCUUCCUGUGGCAGUACAGCCUCCCCAAGGAGGAGCCUGGCCCAUCUGCAAUGGAGGUGAGAUCAGAAGCAAUUCAAAUGUGUCCCCGCUAUCCAGAACCUGUACCACUGGACCACCCAAUCCCAAUCCUGAAGGAUGCGCUGGAGAAGGUGGACAUGCUUCUGCGCCACAAAAUCCAUAGCCCAGGCCUCCCUGCCAUGUCUGCCAUUGUUAUCUACAACGACACUGUGCUCUGGACAGGCAACUUUGGGAAGAAGAAUGGCUCUGACCCCUUCUCAGCGAUGCCCAAUGAGUACACCAUUUACAGGAUUGCCAGCAUCUCCAAGAUCUUCCCCACCAUCAUGCUCUACAAACUGUGGGAAGAAGGGAAGGUGACAUCUCUGGACGAUCCUUUGGAACGCUAUGCCCAGAGCUUCAUUAUUAAAAAUCCUCUGGGGCGACUCAAGGAAUCUGAACAAAGAUACACAGCAGAUGGGCUGAUCUUCCUGGAGAAGGGGUCACUGCCACUCAAGCCAUCACCUGUUACACUGCGCAGGAUGGCUAGCCAGCUCUCAGGGCUGCCCAGGAGAUUGCGGUCCACCAGUCUGCUGUGGAGAGGAAGCACACAAGAUGCUCUCGCUCUCUUGAAGGAUGAUGUUUUGGUAGUUGACCCAGGAACCAGGUGUCAUUACAGUAAUUUGGCCUUCUCUCUGAUGGCCCAUGUGUUAGCAGAUCAUGCUGCCGAAGGGGAGUACCAGCGGUGGGUCUCAGAGAAUAUCCUGGACCGCUUGGGCAUGGAGGACACUGGCUUUGAUAUCACACCACCGAUCCGGUCCCAAAUGGCCGUCGGGUUCUAUAGCAGUGGGCAGCCUGCCCCCCUUUAUGACUUGGGCUGGUACAGGCCAUCUGGCCAGAUGUACUCCACAGCCGCUGACCUUGCCAAGCUUGCAAUGAUCUUCCUGGGCACCUACCACCGGCGCCUUUUGGAGCCUGACACACUGAAGACGAUGCUGACACCUCUUUUUAAGUGCUCCAGUGAAUACUUUGCCAACAAGACCGGCACACCCUGGGAGAUCAAUGAGCAGCUGGGCUAUGAUAUUAUCAGGAAGGAUGGUGACCUCGAUGGCUAUUCAGCCACCUUCUCCCUUGUCCCCAAGCUCCGCUUAAGCUUCAUAGUGCUAAUGGCAGGGCCUAGGCCCCAAGGGGGAGAUAUUGUGACUCAGGCAUAUGAGUACCUUAUCCCUGCCAUGGAGACAGCGUUCCGGGAGGCAGAGAAGAGCCUGAGCCCUCCCCCAAAUCCCACUCCUUAUGUUGGUUAUUAUACUUACUCCAAUCUCACCUUCUAUGAGAUUAAAGUUGGGCCCAUUGGGGUUCUGGUCAUGCAACAGUUUGGACCCCAUAUUGAAGAGCUGAUCCCUGAAAACUACCGGACAAUCAAGCUCCACCACCUGGAAGACCGAGUCUUCCAGGUGGUUUUUGACAAGGAGUUCCCAUGCAUUCUGCGGCUGGGCUCAGCCUCAGUCUCACUGGAGACCCAGGAUGGGCAGCUCUUUAAUUUCUAUCCCUUUGACCGCAAAGGUUUGUCUCCCGGCUUUGAUGCCCCAGGACUAAACACGUACAAUGUGGUGCGCAUACAUCGCAAACCUGUGUUCUACAGCUAACUGCCCUUGCUCCUGCGUGACCAUGUGUGGAAGUUGGCUUCUGUUCUGUGUGUCCCUGACUCUCCUGCCCCCAAGGCUUUGGAGAUGCAGCUUAAAAAGGAAAGAUGCUGGCAAACUCACCGUUCCAUCCAACAAAAAUUCUCUCUUCUGAAACGAUUGCUGGCAGCUGCGGGAGCCUGUAGAAACUACUUGCUGGAUAUAUUGGAUGUCUGGGAUAUGGACUCCACUGCAUACUUCCCAGCACUUAAAUCUUCCAGUGCUAAAGCUGCCCAUUUGGCCACCAUCACAAAGUGUGACUGGCUUCAAUGGGCCAUUGGGAAUCUCCUCUGCUUUUGAGCCAGAGUCUAUUCUGGUAUCCAAGGAUUUUUCAGACAACUAUCCUCUUCCCUGCUACUAGGAUUCCACUGCCUUGCCCACUCAGGUUUGCCAUAAUCUGAGAUCCUAGACCACAUUGUAACAUCUAAGAGAGAGUGGGGUCCAUCUCUUUCAUAUGGCUCAGUGGGGUACAGCAAGCAACUGCAUUAGUGUGAGUGGUAGGGAGCCAUGUAGUUUCACUAUGGGCUGUCUGGGUUUCUACUGCCAUUGUGGGUGCACAAAGGAAAUCAUAGAUACAGAAGAUCAAAGAGGAUUAGAUUGGUAGGUGCUGAAGUACUACAGUGAUGAGCUUUAUGAGUACCUAGAUAAGUAGAUGUUCUCUGAGAGCAUGUACAUAUGGGAGUGUGUGCACUUGUAAAAAGUUGGUUUCAGGGCUGUGUCUCUAGGUAGAUGUCUGUGUGUAGGGGUUUUGAGUAGAAAUGCAUGAAUGUCUGUAUGUGUUGUGGGCAUUGGCGUAUGUGCUGUUGCGUGCAUGCCUCCCUGUGGGGGUUUGUAGUUAUGAGUACUGUAUGUUUUGUCCUGUAUUGUGGCUCAGAUGUGAGCGUAGAUCCCUGUGUGUGCAUUGUCAGCAGAGACUGAGCUGUGUCAGGACUGUGGCUCCAAUGGGCUCUAAUCUUUCCCAGUUUCCCAUGUGUAGCAGAGAGAAGCUUCAGUGCUGUCUGGACGAAGAAUUAGCUAGAACACAGACUGAAGACACAUGAUAGGGCACUAGCCUGAAUCAUAGAAUCAUAGAAUAUCUGGAUUGAAAGGGACCUCAGGAGGUCAUCUAGUCCAACCCCCUACUCAAAGCAGGACCAAUCCCCAAUUUUUGCCCCAGAUCACUAAAUGACC